AUGGAUGGAAACAACAGGACGUUCUCCAGUGACUUUACUCUCAUGGGGCUCUUCACUCACAAUAAAGCCUCAGGAUUCCUUUUCAGUGUCAUUUGUGCCAUCUUCUUCCUGGCUAUGACAGCUAAUGGGAUCCUGAUCUUCCUCAUCCACACAGACCCUCACCUCCACACCCCCAUGUACUUCCUCCUCAGCCAUCUCUCCUUCAUCGACAUGAUGUACAUGUCCACCAUCAUGCCUAAGAUGCUGGCUGAUUAUCUUGUGGGCAAGAGGACCAUCUCCUUCAUUGCAUGUACAGCCCAGUACUUUCUCUACAUGGGCUUUGUCGGGGCUGAAUUCUUCCUGCUGGGGCUCAUGGCUUAUGACCGUUAUGUGGCCAUCUGCCACCCUCUCCACUACACUCUCCUCAUGAACCAGCGGGUCUGCUGGGUGAUCUUGGCCGGCUCUUGGUUCGGUGGUGCUUUGGACAGUUUCCUCCUCACCCCCAUCACCAUGAGUCUCCCAUUCUGUGCCUCCCACAAGAUCGAUCACUUUUUCUGUGAGGCACCCACCAUGCUGAGGCUGGCCUGUGGUGACAAAGCCGCCUAUGAAAUGGUGAUGUACCUUUGUUGUGUCUUAAUGCUGCUCAUCCCCUUCUCUGUGGUGAUUGCAUCCUAUGCCCAGAUCCUUAUCACGGUGAGUCAGAUGAAGUCGGUGGAAGGGAAGAAGAAGACCUUUGCCACCUGCUCGUCACACAUGAUGGUGGUGGCAUUGUUCUAUGGGGCUGCUUUAUACACGUAUAUGCUUCCCCAAUCCUACCACACUCCAAUNCCUCGCUCAGAUUAUCAGUUGCAAACCAGUGUCAGUCUUGUGGAGGCUCUCUAUCCGGAGGAUCUCUGUUGGUCUCUCGCCACCGCCUCGUUACCGGGGACCAAAAACACAGGGCGGGAGGAGGGAUCCCGGACCAGCCGGCGAUAA